AUGAUUAGGAAAAGAAAAUCAAAGAUAACAGAACAGGAGGAGGUGAAAGAAAAUAAACAAAAUGAAUUAAUGGAAGGAGCAUAUUUGUUUAAUAAAAAGGAUUCCUCUAUAAAAAGCAUGGAAGAGAUAUUCGUUGAAGGGGAGUGCCAAGACAUAAAAUAUACUGAAUCUAAAAAAUUAAACAAACAUGUGAAUACUUUAUCUACUUCUAAUAAUAACAAUAAUAAUGAUGCAGAAAAUAAAAAUGGUAAGGAGCGAAAAGAUAAAAACAUUGAAAAUGUGGAAAAUCCCCUUACAGUGAGUCUUACGAAUUCUGAACAAAAUGAACAUAUAAAUGAUUUAAAAAAUGAAACAAAUGGAAAUUAUAAAAAUAGUGAAAUAAUAUUUAAAGGAAUUGAUGAAAUAUGUGAUAAAUACGAUAAGGAGGUACAAAAUCUGCUAGAAAAUUUUGAAUUUCUCAGUUUUUCACGGUUGUUUAAAAAUCCAUUUGAUGCGACAAUUAGCAGAGAUGAGAAAAUUGUUAGAAUUUUUUACUAUUCUGGCUUUUCCUUUUUGCCAUAUUUGGGGUGGGUCAUAGCUUCAAUUUAUGGAUCAUUUUGCAAAAGGAAAAAUGAUAAGAAUAUUAUUUCGUUAAGAAUUAUAAGCUCCAUUCAAUGCGCCUUUUUUGGGUUAAUUAUUAUUCUGUUAUUGGCAGUGAUGAACAUGAACAAUCGGAGUACUUUACAGUGCAAAUAUGAAGGGGUUUCAUUUAAAAAAAAGUUAGUAAAAGACGCUAAAUACAACGUUGUAUUUUUUGGACCAAUGAGCACAGACGACUGGAUGAAAUCGAAACUAGCAAAAAUUGCUGAAGAUUUACAAUUUAACAUUUAUACUGUGAGUUACCCUAAUAUUAAGAAUCACAUAAUAAAAAGAAAAAAGAAUACUUUUUUGAAAGAUGCUCUAGCAUGUGCCAAAUUGAAAUAUUCAAAAGUUAUCCUAUUUUCGUUUCAAAUACAAAGUGCUUUAGAUUUCGUUAUCCCAUUCCUAGAAAAAAGUGAAAUUCUCGGAUUUUUAAGUUUUUUGAAAAAGUUCCCGAAAAAUACGCCAAGUGUAGAGAACAAAGGAAAAGAAAACAUAAUUUAUUUUGCCCCUAUGGAAAAAAAUAUAUACGAUAUUUACAGCUCUAUAACGUUGAGGAUGUGUCAGAAUGAGCAUAAAAAAUAUUAUAACAUUUUAUAUAUAGUGCAACACAGUUUUAAUAAAUAUCGGAUUAGAUGUGCGAAAAACCUGGCAGAAGACUACAGUAUAAUUGUAAAUAAUUUUAACUUUAACACUAUCGGCGUUGAGGAAAAAGAAUCUAAAUAUGAUGAUGAUGAUUUCAAUGAAGUAACAGAUGACUUUUAUCAAUACUUGGCAUUUGUUCGAGAUAUUAUUUCCCAGAAAAAUUUAGAAUUUUAUAGGAAAAUGUUAUGCAAAAAUACUUUGUGUGAAUCUAAAGGAUCUGUGUGUGUUCUUUAA